UUUGUUGAUUUAGCAUGAUUGAUUGGGGAUUUUUUUGGAUCGAGUAAUAGCCAUUAUCAAAUAUAAAGUUGACUCCCCAACUCAACAAAUUGUCAUCCCCAAAAAUUGAGAAAGUAACAUCCAAAAGUAAUGGAGAACACAAAACAACCCCAAAAAGCCCAUGUUCUGGUGGUUCCAUUCCCGGGCCAAGGCCACAUUAACCCAAUGCUUCAAUUUUCCAAACGCUUAGCUUCCAAAGGUAUCAAAACCACCUUAACUCCCACAAUCUAUAUCGCCAAAUCCAUGCACUCCACCACCAUACCUACGCAUCACGGCCCGCCCAUCCAAAUCCGGCCCAUUUCCGAUGGCUAUGACGACGGCGGGUACAACCAAGCUGAGUCUACAUCAGCCUACUUAGAUGACCUCAAAUCCCACGGUCAAAAAACACUGGCCCAACUCGUGGAGAAGCUAGCCCAAGAAGGUGAACCGGUUAAAGCAAUUAUAUAUGAUGGGUUCUUAUCUUGGGCCUUACAUGUGGCCCGCCACUUUGGCCUUGUUGGGGUGGUGUUUUUUACGCAAGCUUGUACUGUAAAUAGUGUUUACUAUCAUGUUCAACGUGGACUUAUCCAGCUACCAAUACCGGGUUCUGGCCCGAUGAUGGUUCCUGGAGCACCGGAGCUUCUUCCGGCGGAUCUUCCUUCGUUGGUUGAAAUAUACGGGUCAUACCCGUUUUGGUUUGAUGUGGUUUUGAAUCAGUUUUCCAAUAUUGAUCAAGUGGAUUGGGUGUUGUGUAAUACUUUCUAUGAUAUGGAAAAAGAAUUAAAUGAUUUAUUGAAGGUGGUUGAUUGGAUGGCUGAAAGGUGGAAAGUAAGAACAAUUGGACCCACAGUUCCAUCAUAUUACCUUGACAAAAGACUGGACUAUGACAAAGACUAUAGCAUUCAACUCCUCAAGCCAAACACGGCCAUGUACGAGACUUGGUUAGCCAACAAAUCAAAAGCUUCAGUCAUUUACGUGUCUUUUGGAAGCAUGGCUGAGUUAUCCAACGAACAAUACGAAGAACUAGCAUGGGGUUUAAGGAACAGUAACCAAAACUUCUUGUGGGCAGUAAGGGAGUCCGAGCAGUCCAAACUUCCUAAGGGAUUUAUAGACGAUGUUUCGAAACGUGGCUUAGUAGUGGGUUGGUCGUCGCAACUUGAGGUGUUGGCUCAUGAAGCGGUAGGAUGUUUCGUAACACAUUGUGGGUUUAACUCGAUCCUCGAGGCAUUGUGCCUUGGGGUUCCGGUGGUGGGAAUUCCACAAUGGACAGACCAAGGGACUAAUGCUAAAUUAGUGGAGGAUGUUUGGGGAGUGGGAAUAAGAGCCAAGAAAGAAGAGAAUGGGAUUGUGAGAAGAGAAAAGGUGGAGGAAUGUAUUAGGGAGGUAAUGGAAGGGAAGAAAAAAGAGAUUAAGAAGAAUGUGGCUAAAUGGAAGAUGUUGGCUAAAGAAGCAAUAGAUGAAGGUGGAAGUUCCGAUAAGAAUAUUGAAGAGUUUGUGGCAAAUCUAGUGGAAUCUUAGUAAUCUAGUGAAAUCUUUGGCCACAAUUAUAGUUCAAUGAGCGAAAUACACCGAGUAAGUAAGAUGGUGAUGAUGAAAAGAAUCAACAAUUUGUUUGUUUUUACAAUUUCAUGUAUCCAAUAUCUUAAACUUCGGUUAGAUAUAAGUCUCUUCAUUACACCAGAUCGAAGUAAUGAAAUGUUGUAAAAGUAAAAGGUUGUAUUUGACUAAUAUUUGAUCUAAGCUCGUGUUGGAUUGAUUAA